CGCAAUGGUGUGGUGUUUACUUCACUUUAAUAAAGACUUACCAAGCUGUCAUUCAUUACCAGAAGAAGCUGAAAAGAGGUGAAUGCAUCAGCAUCAUCUGAGCAUUGAACACAGAAUCUCGAUCGAUCAAGGAAAAAUGUUCUUUUUCUAAGCUUGAGAAAGCAGGGACAUUUCAGUCUCUGAAUGUGCUCUCUCUGCAUGCAUGAGGUGCUGCAGGAUUAGGUUGAUUGCAGACGGACGGUUCGGGCCAGAGAGAGACUCAGAGGUAGUGUCAGUAGUUGUCCAAAGAAUUCAGGAUGGUGAGUAAUGGCCACUGCAACAGCAGCAACAAGAGCUUUGAAAGGCUUAUAUCUAGGAGGGCUCUGCAGAUGGGGAGCUCUGCUCCCUGCAAAAUAUGGGCACUGGGUUUCUUCUGUGGUGUCUGCAUUGUGUACUUGUUUGGUGUUGCUCUACCACCAAUCCAAAUCCUGAUGAUCCGAUCGGCGCAUCCACCGUUGCAGCGAGCAAUCCUGUGGAAUUCAACAUCGACCGAACCUGAUGGAGCUACAGCAACAGAUGGCUUAUCUGUUUUACAAGAAAAGAUAGAAACAGCCACGAAUGGCGAGGACAUCGACGAAGUUGGUCAAAUGCAUCUGUAUAAUGCUUGGAGCAGUUUUCUAGAUACCACUGGAGAUGAAGCUAUGAAAAGUUCAGACAUGCCGCGGCCACCUCAUCUAGAGAAUUGCAGUCUUAACUGUGAAAGAAAUAAGAAAUUUGACAGUUACGGCGAUGAUGGCACAUUUCCUCCUUGGACAUUAUGGAAAGGGCCACUUGGGCUCGAGUUAUUCAACCAAAACUAUUCAGAAGAGUGGAAGCAAAUGUAUUUCAGGUCAAAUGCUAAAUCUGACAGACCGCCGUAUCCUCCUUGGAUUGCAGGAUCAGAUGAAGAAAACUAUCCACUGACCAGAAAAGUGCAGAGAGAUAUAUGGAUUCACCAACAUCCUCCAAACUGCAGUGAUCCAAGCUUGAGGUUUCUUUAUGCAGACUGGGAGAGGCUACCUGGAUUUGGUAUAGGUGCACAACUUGCUGGAAUGUCAGGACUUCUUGCUAUUGCUAUAAAAGAGAGAAGGAUUCUGGUUGCAGGAUACUACAACCGUGCUGAUCACAGUGGUUGUAAAGGGCUAGCAAGAUCUAGCUGGUCGUGUUACUUUUUACCUGAAACAUCUGCAGACUGCCAGAAACGCGCUUUAGAUCUCAUGCAAAGCAAAGAUUCUUGGGCAAAUGGAAUUAUAAAAGUGAAGGAGAACUAUACCUCCAAGCAAAUAUGGGCUGGGCAUAUACCUAGGGUAUGGGGUAGACCAUGGAAAUAUAUGCAGCCAACAACAGAGAUAGAUGGGAAACUGAUUACAAAUCAUCGUAAAAUGGAUCGGAGAUGGUGGAUAGCACAGGGUGUGAGAUACUUAAUGAGGUUCCAGUCAGAGUACAUGUGCAGACUACUUAAUGUGGCUAGACAUUCAGCAUUUGGCAUGCAAGCAGCAAAGACGGUACUUGAAAAUGUCCCGGAUCCACCAAAGACUAGCAUUACCAGAAUAGAAUCCGACAUCGAACGACUUGUGUGGUCAGAGCAUAAACCAUAUAUACCCAAGCCUCUUAUCAGCAUGCAUGUAAGGAUGGGGGACAAAGCUUGUGAAAUGGAAGUAGCUGGCUUUGAGAAAUACAUGGAGUUGGCUGGCCGCCUCCGAAAACAUUUUCCAACUCUCAAGAACAUCUGGCUUUCUACUGAAAUGCAGGAAGUUAUCGAAAAAACAAAAUUAUAUCCCACAUGGAAUUUCUAUUUCACAAACGUGACGCGUCAAGAUGUCAAUGUGAGCAUGGCAAUGUAUGAGGCCAGCCUGGGCCGUGAGACCAGCACAAACUAUCCCCUUGUCAAUUUCAUCAUGGCCACUGAAGCAGAUUUCUUCAUUGGAGCACUAGGAUCAACAUGGUGCUACCUCAUCGACGGCAUGCGGAACACAGCAGGAAAGGUGAUGUCUGGCUAUCUGUCAGUGAACAAGGACCGGUUCUGGCACCAUUUUCUAGUGCUUCUACUUGCAAUUCUUGGCCAAGAGUGAUGCACUAGUUUCUUCUCAACAACCCAUCCAUCCAUUCACUGCUUCUGGGAGAUGGAUGGAUCCUGAAACCCUGAAAGGGACGCUGUAACAGUGCCCUGAAGAAAAGAAAGAUGAAACUGCUCCUCUGUGACAUACAUAGUGUAGUGAGUGCAACACAUCACAAGGCCAGGUAGGCAGGUGAGGUAGUGGACAUGAGCACAAUGCAUUUCAGCUUGCUCCCCACUUCCAAGAUUCCUUCUGGAUCCCAUCAGCAGCUGCCAUGGAGGAGGAAGCCCCAGGCCAGGGGGCUCUCCGUCCUUGGACACCAUGGAAUGAGGACUGUGCACGCGCACAAUGGCGAUCGCGCCUUCGGUGGGGCGGUUUCUCGGAACCCCGGUGACUCCAUUUGACCUGGUGAUCCAGGUUUGGAUGAUCUGCAAAUGCAAUCAGUUUCUAGCAAUGUGGCUUGUCCUGUGUGUGUUACUGUAUGCAGUGGAUGCAUAUGCAUCAGGUUUAGCAGCAGUAAAAAUGCACUACUGCAUGGUUGAUCAUUGCAUUUGCAUGGCCUCAAUAGCAAUGUUAGGUAUCAGAAUUCAGAAAGUGGUAUAUUCUGAUGGAUAAUAGAUGGAUGCCAUCCUUAUCUGAUGGCUAGGAAGUACCUACCAAUGCAUGAAACUUUACUUCCUCCCUGAGAAAUAUUACCUUAAUUUUCAGUCCUUGGAAUAACUGAUAGGAGUGCAUUUCUGAUGUUCCCUGUGAAGUGGAAGUAAACCUAAAGCGAAAUCUGGGUUCAGAUGUGGGAUAAGAGAGUACAUAUUCUCUGGAGUGCACAGCAUUUUCUGACUUGGAAUGCAGAUUAAUUAGAAUACUAACAGUUGUAUUAUCACCAGGCAUAAGUAGGCACAACUUUCUAAUGACUCAUCUUGAACAUGUUCUUCAAAGAUGCAACAUCUU